UAGCGCUUAGUCAGCGGUAGGCGUGGCUGAGUGACGAGAACGCCGUGGGCGGGGCUUUCGCGUCACGGAUCAGCACUCGGGAGGAAGGUGAAGACAUGUGGCCGGGGCUGAGGCUGAUUCGGCGUCAGCUUGCCACGGCGGCGGCGGCCCGUGGUCUGGUGUACGAGAAGCAUGGGGAACCGUCGCAGGUGCUUCGUUUGCAGAGACUAGAAGUUGCUUCACCAAUAGAUUAUGAAGUCAGAGUCAAAAUGCUGGCUGCCCCCAUAAAUCCUUCUGAUCUAAACAUGGUUCAAGGAACGUAUGCUUUGCUUCCCCAGUUACCAGCUGUAGGGGGUAAUGAAGGAGUAGGUGUGGUGGCAGAGGUUGGAAGUCACGUGUCCUCAGUGAGGCCUGGAGAUUGGGUCAUUCCAGUGGAUUCUGCAUUAGGCACAUGGCGUACAGAGGGUGUUUUCAGUGAGGAAGCACUAGUACGAGUCCCAAGUGACAUAUCGGUGGAGGGAGCAGCAACUCUGAGCGUUAACCCCUGCACUGCUUACAGAUUGCUCUCUGAUUAUGAGACUCUGCGGCCAGGUGAUUCCGUGAUACAGAAUGCCAGUAAUAGUGGUGUUGGCCAGGCCGUUAUACAAAUUGCGGCAUCAUUAGGCAUCACCACUAUUAACAUAGUAAGGGACAGGCCAGAUCUUCAGAGCCUGGUGCAGAGACUUCAUGAUGUAGGAGCUGAUCAUGUGAUCACAGAGGAACAGCUGCGCAAGCCAGAGAUGAAGGAUUUAUUUAAGAUUUGCCCCCGCCCACGAUUAGCAUUGAACUGCGUUGGUGGGAAAUACACAACUGAAAUGCUGCGUCAUUUAGAUUAUGGUGGCACUAUGGUGACAUAUGGCGGAAUGGCUAAACAGCCUGUUACUAUCCCUGUGAGUGCUCUAAUAUUUAAAAACAUCAGGCUGUGUGGUUUUUGGGUAACUCAGUGGAAAAGAGACAGACAAAACAAUCGUGAAGAAAUCACCAAGAUGAUCCGUGACCUCUGUGAUUUGAUCCGCAGAGGAAGGCUUGUUCCACCCCCUUGUUCCUAUUGGCCAUUAGAAAAAUUCCUUCAGGCCUUACAAGAUGCCCAGACUCCGUUUCUGUCUCGAAAACAAAUCCUGACUAUGCAGUGAGGCACUAAAUUAAUUUACAAAAGCUGUGUGUCUUUCAUUCUAAUUACCAGUGCGGAACUGUAUAUUUAUAGAUGUACUUUAUAGGUAUAUAUUUUUAUGCUAGCAAGCACAAAGAUCUCAAGUUUAAAUAUUUAUUCUAAACUGUGAAAUGUGACUACAUUAUAAAUACUGUUUUAUUGUAUUUUUAAUUGUAUGUAUAUAAUGCUUCGUAGAGCCUUCAAAAAUAUAUUGUCGCAAUCAAUAACUUGACUGUGUUGUUCUUUCUUUCCAAUUGAUACGUAU